AUGACGGCGUCCGCUGCGCCGGCGGCCGUGCAGCUCGCGCCCAAGUGGGACGCCAAGCAGCUGAAGCAGAUGGCGGCGGGCGGGGGCGCGGGCAUCGUGGCCAAGACGGUGGUGGCGCCCUUCGAGCGCGUCAAGAUCGUGUGCCAGACGGGCGAGAGCGUGGGGAUGCUGGCCACCACGCGCAGCAUCGUGUCGUCCGAGGGCGUGCUGGGCUUCUGGCGCGGCAACAUGGCGGCCUGCGUGCGCGUGGUGCCGCACAAGGCCGUGCUCUUCGCCUUCUCCGACUUCUACAAGGACCUCUUCCGCUCCAUGGACGGCGAGGGCAAGAUGCCCGCGUGGGGGCCCUUCGUCUCGGGCUCGCUCUCGGGCUUCACGGCGUCCAUCGUCACGUACCCGCUGGACCUCAUCCGCACGCGCGUGUCCGGCCAGAUCGGAGUGAACCUGGUGUACAGCGGCAUCGCCCACACCUUCAUGCGCACGCUGCGCGAGGAGGGACCGCGCGCGCUGUUCCGCGGCAUUGGCCCCACGCUCUUUGGCGCGCUGCCGUACGAGGGCAUCAAGUUCGGGUCCUACGACCUGCUGACGUCCAUGCUGCCCGAGGACAUUGACCCCAAGGCUGACUUUGCUGGCAAGAUUGUGUGUGGUGGUGGCGCCGGCGUGCUGGCAACCAUCUUCACGUACCCGAACGACACAGUGCGCAGGCGGCUGCAGAUGCAGGGAGCGGGGGGAGUGACCAGGCAGUACAGGAACGCGUGGGACUGCUACGUCAAGCUGGCGAGGAACGAGGGCUGGACGGCCUACUACAGAGGCCUCACGCCCACGCUGGUGAGAGCCAUGCCCAACAUGGGCGUGCAGUUCGCCACCUACGACUUUCUCAAGAGCCUCAUUGACUAA